GAUUGGAGUGCCCGCGCUAUCGCGUCGCCGUUCGAACGUCAACGGACGAGCCUCGGGCGCUCGCCACGCGGAACCGACGGUAUACACCCGAAACGACAAGGCCGGGCGAUGCGGGGCUUCGCGCUUCUCGGGAUAUUAGCUACCUGCGCCAUCUUGGUACACCUGUCCGACGACGCUCUCGGACAGGAAGACAACACGCCACAGCCGCCGGGCCCGGUCUGCCCGUGCGGCAACCGGACGCUUUGCGACAUCGUCAACUCCACAAAGCAGGAGGUCAUCGCCUUCGUGAGGGAGUGCAACAAGACCGUCUGGUCGCAGUUCGACUGGACCCGACUGACCAGCAUCGUCUUGGUGGACUUCAACGACGCGCAGCUGUACUGCUACGCCCACGAGCGUGAGGUCGCUGUCAUUUACUCCGUUUCGUUCCCAGCGUCUCUCCUGGCUAACUCGACGGAGCAAACGCACUGGAUCAAGAAGCAGCUGACCUACGCGGAGUCCAACUUCCUGGAUGGCAUCAACAUCGACUUCGACGCGCCCGUGGACAAGGGAAGCGCCGAGUCUCGGGCCCUUGAGCAGCUGGUGAACGACACUGCGGUUGCCUUCCACACUCUCCUACCCGGGUCUCGGGUCACUUUCACCGCUCCGUGGUCACCGAAUGGCGUCGACGGUUGUUUCUACAACUACUCUGCCAUCGCCAACUCCUCGGACUUGCUGCUGGUCAAGGCUUACGACCAACAGAAAGGGAGCUUCGAGAGGCCAUGCGCCGCUAGGCCCAACGCGGACUUCUUCAAGGUGUCUAAAGGAAUUCGGGAGUAUCUGAAUCUUGGUAUCAAGAGCCACCGACUGGUCCUGACCGUGCCCUGGUUCGGCUAUGACUAUUCCUGCCUCCACAUGACCGCAAAG